AAGCUUCGUGGUUAGGCCCAUAAUUUCUUCCCGUGCUUUUGGUCAGUCUUCAUAUGCAGAUACGGUGUGCCCGGUAUAUCCAUUGAAAAUUAAAUAAUUUAGCAAUAUUCAUAUUAAGUAAACUAAAGCUUCACGUUGCGUUGUAAUAUUAAAUUAAAUAAGCGUUAAAUUUUGCCUAACAAAAACUUUGUGGUACGCCUUUGUCACACCAACGCUAGCGGCAUGGCCAAAAUUCGCAAAAGUCGAAGACUGAAACUCGAGACUUCCGUUGACCUAAAAAUGGUAAAUCGUCGGAAAUUACGAAUCGUCAGAUGUCGAGAGUUCAAGAUGGUCGAAUGCUCCAAACUGCAGAUUGUCAAACGUCGCAAGUUGAGGAUUGUCAACAAUCGCACGUCGAAAAUUCCUAAGCUCCAAGUUGUCAAAUUCCGUGCGUAUAAAGUUGUCAGAACUUGGAAAUUGAAAAUGAUCGAACGGAGGAAACUUAAGAUUAUCAGACGUCGGAAGCUAAAAAUUUUCGUGCGCCGAAAAGUCAAUAUUCGUGAGAGUAAUGAAUCACAGAAAUUCAAAUUCCCCAAAUUUAAAAUGUUCAGGAUCCCGAAAUUGAAAUUCGUCAGAUGCCAGAAAUUCAAAGUGGUCAAAAGUCGGAAGCUGAAAAUUGUUAAAUAUUGGAAAUAUAAAAUUUUCAAAGGUCGGCAGUGGAAAAUGGUGAGAUGUAGAAAAUUGAAGAUCGUUAAAUGUCAGGAGUUAGGCUCGUUCAAAUGCUGGCAAUUGAAAUUAGUCAGAAGAUGACUUGUAUAGGCUCCAGAUAAUAUGUAAUGAAUUGGCAGGCCUGGGACCAAGUUUGUGAAGCUUGUGCUUCUCGGAAGAAACGUCUUAACUUUAAGGUGCAUCAACGCCCAAAUUAUUUUCUACAUCUUGUAAUAUUUUGAUAUUUAAAGAAAAUACGCCAAAAGACAAUUGACUCGUCUUUAACUGACAAAGUGUGACGAACAUGAGGAUUUAAAAAUUUUCUUGUCAUUUAACAGGCUUUUAUCUUUUUAAACUUCUUCUUAGACGUUUUUAAAUAAUUUUUUAUCGAUUGCAAAUUAAUAAAACUCGUUGAACAAAUGGUGCUGCUGAGAAUAAGGCCUCUGAGACCAGCGACCAAAAGCGAGCAUAAGUUUUCAUCUGCAGAAAUUGUGCUCACGAUUUCCAAGGGGUUUUCAGAGCCGAUGUUCAGAGGGUUUUCAGAGCCGAUGUCCAGAGGGUUUUCAGAGCCGAUGUCCAGAGGGUUUUCAGAGCCGAUGUCCAGAGGGUUUUCAGAGCCGAUGUCCAGAGGGUGUUCAGAGCCGAUGUCCAGGACAAACGUAGUAGCCAGCAAGCCUCACAGCAGAAGCGAGAACUCUGAAGUCAAAUCCGCUUCUUCGAGGACGAAUUUAACUCCUGCUAUUGACAUCCGUUCCUUAAUGUGUCCUACAGAAAUGAUGCGCAGCUGCUGCAGUUGUUCUCAAGUAUCCUACGGAGAUCCCCAAUGCUUGUCACCUCGCGCAGCUAAGAAGUCGAAGUGUAGUUUCUAUCAUCAUUCCGAAUCAUCGGAAGAAGAGGACUCCACGAAACUGUGCUCAUGUUUGUCUUCCGACGAAGCGGAGGACUCCUCAAGUGACGUUACGCAAGCAGGAUCGUCCUACGACGAAGAUUCUGACGACUUUUAUGAAAGUCAAGGAGCGGCUCGGCGACUCCUACACAUGGUAACAAAAAAUUUGGGCACUCCGCAGGGCUGUUUCUGUCUCUUGAGACAACCAUCGUCAUUUGUGCUCCGACGGGGCGGUACUUCGGGAGGAUGUGUCCGAUCAGACGAUAGCUGGAGGGAUUACGGGACUGAUUCAUGCGAUGGCUCUACGUCCACCAAAAGUUUUGAAUCGUCAUAUACGUCAACAGUUUCAUCACUUAGCUCAACAGACCGGUCAUCUGACGAUUUGACAGACUCGAGCAGCGAAGUAUCGAGUUUUCGGUCUGACAAGACUGAUUUGACCGGGUCUAUCGGCAACGACACUUCGGCUAUUCCGAACCACCGACUGAAGUGGCUGAAGCCAUUGGCCAACCCGGUGGAUAUUAUAACCUCUUUUCACCUCAAAGAUUGGGAAAAGGAACAAAUGAAGCUGGAUUUGAAUAGUUCUUAUUUAAGAGAUAAUAGCGGGGCUUUCGGAGGCGGUAUGAUGGUGGACCGAGGUCCUGAGAAUAUUUUCUGUGGAGUCGGGGCGAAGUACCGCAACUGGAGGCAAGUCGUUGAACGACUGAGAACUUCUUGCUGCAAGUGUGGCCUGAAGGAUAGAAUAGAUUCUGCUGGCUUAGAUGUCACUGCUGAGGCGCCAAUGAAUCACAGAACUGAGGAUAAAAUAUUGGUACAAUUAACAACGUCAGGCAUAAUCCGGAUAUCGAAUAACCGUGAGGUACGGACUGCACAAAUUGAACGCCAGAGGAAAAGUGGAAAACGCACCUCUACUAAAAAUUCGGAGGUACAAUGGAAGUGCAAGAAGGAACGAUUGUGGGAACGAGAAUUACGAGAUUUUGAACUACCAGAAGAGAUCGUUGCUCGCAAUUCUACUUCUGAACGACUCUAUCCAGACAAGGCUUCUGAAGAAGCUCUACAGCUCCAGGCUGCCCUCUUCGCUUCCCUCGCCCCUCUGGAGAACCCAAAUGUUGCGACUUCCUAUAGGCGGGAUACAUCCGAGUCCCGAAGCUAUGCCUCGUCGGCGUCAAAGUCCCACUACGGCUCGGCCUCGUCGGCCUCUAAGUCCCACUAUGGCUUGGGCUUGUCGGCGCCAAAGUCCCGCCAAGACUUGACCUCGUCCGCGUCAAGGUCCCGCCACGACUUGACCUCGUCCGCGUCAAGGUCCCGCCACGACUUGACCACGUCCGCGUCAAGGUCCCGCCGCGACUUGACCUCGUCCGCGCCAAGGUCCCGCCACGACUUGACCUCGUCCGCGCCAAGGUCCCGCCACGACUUGACCUCGUCCGCGUCAAGGUCCCGCCACGACUUGACCUCGUCCGCGUCAAGGUUCCGCCAUGGCUCGGCUUCGGCAUCAGCGGCGUACUCGAGCUAUUAUCUUGAAUGAAGGAUUAGCGCGUCAUGAGUCAGGACGAUAUUUUGAAAACUCGUGUAAUAUAUUAACUUUGUUUUAGUUUAAAUCAUAAUGACUUUGUUGAUUUCUUCAUCGCGACUUUGUUUCAUGUAUGGAAUGCAAAAAGAUAGGCCCUCUGUUGACGAAAUUAAUGACCAGUUUUAUUAAAUUAUAUUUUUUACUUCUGCAUAGGUUGAUAAUUUUAAAGCAGAUUUUAUCAGUAGUUGCCUUUUUGUGUUAAAUAUUAUAAUUGCAGCGUUAUACAUAAA